AUCACACAAUCAUUCAUACCUAGCCAGAAGAGUCUCAUUUCACUCACCAGCAUUUUCUGCAACAAUCAGAGAAGAGAGAACUGCCAAUGGCCUGUGGAACAAAUGGGAUGGGUGUAGUAGUCCUGGUCCUGGUCGCCAUGCUCUGGGCAGGAGCAGCAGCUCAGUCAUCGAGCUGUACAAAUGCAUUGAUUAGCAUGUCACCGUGCCUCAACUACAUUACCGGGAACUCUUCAACACCAUCUUCAAGUUGCUGCACACAGCUUGCUAGCGUUGUUCGCACACAGCCAGAGUGCUUGUGUGAGGUCCUUAACGGUAGUUCCUCGUCCAUGGCGCUCAAUGUCAACCAGACUCUGGCUCUGGCCCUUCCUGGAGCUUGCAAUGUUAAGACUCCAUCCAUCAGCAACUGUAAUGCUGCUUCCCCAGCCGUGUCUCCAUCAGGAACACCAGCAUCUCCAAACACUGUACCUUCAGGAAACGGGUCAAAAAAUGUACCAUCAACCAAUAGCAGCUCAUCAGAUGCAAGUUCUACAAAGAUGACAGUUUCUCUGCUCUUCUUCCUACUAUUCAUUGCAUCUUACGCUUCAACGUCCACAAUUUGCUGAGUUAUUUCAUCUGCUUCACUGUUUCAUAAGUCCUAAAUAUACCCAGAUAUUACUAUUGUUUUUACAUUGAAUGGGUGAUUGUACUGUCAUUAUUUGGCAACCACUUUAGGGUUUGAUAGGGUUUUCUAUGACUGAGGAGACUUCUUAGUCUCUUCCCUUCUUAAUAAAGAUGAUUUCUAGUUCAUGAAUGUCAAA